CUCCAAACCUCAAUAUUCACGCUCCACUCAGGCUCGGACAACCUUUAGAACUGUCGGAACAAAUUACAUUUACGUACUUUAAUCACACACACAAAAUAAAACACCACAAGCUCAAACCCUCGUACCAGUUCAGUUAUCCUUCUCUUACAAGCCAACCCUCACAACAAUUGCACAACAAGAAUCACCACCAUUAACUCACCGCCUUCUUCCUCUAUAUAUACUUACAACUUUCCUGUAUCUAUAUCUCAUUCCACGAAAAAUAAUUUAAAGAUGAUAUUUUUUCUAUUAAUUUUUCUCAACCAAAUUCUACUAGCAUGCACAAUGUUGCACCCCAUGGAUUUUCUAGCACUGCAAUCUAUUCACAAAUCUUUGAACGACAUUCCCGGUUCUUUUUAUUUCGUUUCUUGGGACUUCACUUCCGACCCAUGCAACUUCGCCGGAGUUUUCUGCUCCGGCGAGAGAGUUGUCGCGUUGAAUCUCGGUGACCCGCGUGCCGGUUCGCCCGGUUUAUUUGGCCACAUUGACCCUGCAAUUGGGAGGCUCACUUCACUGGCUGAGUUCACUCUUGUUCCGGGUCGGGUCAUGGGUCCUUUACCGCCCGCCAUUUCGGGAUUGAGAAAUUUACGGUUUCUGGCGAUUAGCCGGAAUUAUAUUUCCGGCGAAAUUCCGGCGGGUAUUGGGGAGCUGAAAGGGUUGAGGACUUUGGAUUUGAGUUAUAAUCAGUUCACCGGGAGAAUUCCCUGGUCAAUUGGAAGCUUGCCGGCGUUGACUAAUGUGAUUUUGUGUCAUAAUAGGCUUUCCGGGUCAGUUCCACGGUUCGGGUCACGGACCUUGACCCGGCUUGACUUGAAGCACAAUGAGUUAUCUGGACCACUUUUGCAAGAUUUUGUGUCUCCGUCAAUUCGAUAUUUAUCACUGUCGUGGAACCGGUUCAGCGGUCCGGUGGACCGGGUUUUAGCACGUUUGAAUAGGUUGAAUUAUUUGGACCUUAGUUUGAACCAGUUCACUGGGAGAAUACCGGGGAUUUUAUUUGCAUUCCCUCUGUCAAAUCUUCAACUACAGAGGAAUUUGUUUAGUGGACCGGUUUUACCAUAUCAUCAAGCUCGGAUUGCGGUUGUGGAUUUAAGUUUUAACCGUUUAUCGGGUCAAAUAUCGCCAUUGUUGGCUUCGGUUCAAGUGCUUUAUCUGAAUAAUAACCGGUUCAUGGGUCAUGUUCCAAGUGUAUUUGUAGAGCGCUUGUUGGAAGCUAGUAUACAUGUGUUGUAUUUACAACAUAAUUAUUUGACAGGAAUAUCGUUGAACCCGAUGGUUCGAAUUCCGGUUUGGUGUUCCUUGUGUUUGCAGUAUAAUUGUAUGGUUCCUCCGGUUCAGACACCCUGUCCGUUGAAAGCUGGGAAGCAAAAAACUCGACCUACAGGACAGUGCAUUGAGUGGAAAGGGUAAUUCAGAAUUCUAAUUAUUCGUUAUAGGUUUAUAAUUAUGUUUUAGCACUAUUGUUUUGUUGUGGGGAGGUUUAUUGGUUGAUUUUUGGUGAAAUUCUGAUAUUGAACUUUAAUGUGGAUAGUAAAUAUAUGAAUAUAGGAUUGUAUCGAAAUACAUUUUUUGCCUAAUAAAAAUCUUAUUUAUUAUUGUU